UAGCCACACCAGGGAAGCUGUGGCAUCAGGAAGCUGGUGGUGGCUUUGCUGAAGAAUAUCUGAAAAAGAGGCAGUUCCUGGUGACAUUCACAUGCUGGAUAGCUAGGAGCAGCAUUUACUGGGUGUGAGAAAAUGGGGCAAAAGGCCUCACAGCAGGUAACUCCGAAAAACACUCAAGAGGUUCUCAUCAUGUGUGAGGUGGUCAGUGCGGCUGUUUCCUAUGCAUCGCAGAAGCUGAAGGAGUACCUUGGGUUUGAGUAUCCGCUGAGCAGACUCUGCCUCGCAGCAAGUUCACUGACUGAGAUCUUCCUCGUCCACUUCAUUACUUUUUGUCAGGAAAGGGGAGCUGAUGAGUGGCUCACCACCACCAAGAUGACCAAGCACCAGGCCUUCCUGUUUGGAGCAGACUGGAUUUGGACCUUCUGGGGGCCUGAUAAGCAAAUACGGCUUCAGGUGGCAGUGCAGACCCUGAGGAUGGCUUCUCUCCCUCUGAGGGACCCAAAAUCCUGUGAGUCAAGGGAAGAGGAGUCUUGGAAAAAGGGCAGAUUUGACAAGCUGGAAGAGUUCUGUAACUUGGUAGGAGAGGACUGUCUGGGUCUGUUUAUCAUCUUCGGUGUGCCUGGAGAACCUAAAGCCAUCAGGGGCGUUGUCCUGGAGAGCCUCAGAAACGGGAUGGUGGAGAGCCAGCUGCCAGGACGUGAGGCUAUGGAGCAGUUUGUGCUGGAAACAGAAGACUGUGUCUCCAUCAAAGAGCUGCUGGGGAACUGUCUGAGUAAAAGAGAUGGGCUGAGUGACAUGGGCAGGGUUUACAUCCACAUUCUCUAAACUGGGCAUGUUGCUGUGACUGGCCUGUAAGGUAGACUAGGACGACCCUCAGCACAGGGUUAUCCACCCUCUACAUUGACUGAAAGUGAUCACCUGGGUCAAAACCUGCUAGUGUCACAAUUAC